AAUUUGCAUUGUAAUUUGUAUUUAGCAUAAGGUUUGGUUGAGUUGUGUUGUGUAACUUGUGUUAUGCGAAAUCCGAAGAUGGAGGAGGAAGAGCACGAGGUGUACGGAGCAGAGAUCCCAGACGUCGGAGAGAUGGAAGGAGACGUGGACAUGUCCGCCGCCGACGAUGACGCCGCCGUGAAAGAGCUCGACGAGAUGAAGCGGCGCUUGAAGGAAAUGGAAGAGGAAGCCGCCGCACUUCGUGAGAUGCAAGCCAAGGUCGAGAAGGAGAUUGGCUCUGUUCAAGAUCCUGCCGGUGCAGCUGCUUCUCAGGCAAACAAGGAGGAGACAGAUUCUCGGUCUGUUUUCGUUGGCAAUGUUGAUUAUGCAUGCACACCAGAAGAAGUGCAGCAACACUUUCAAUCAUGUGGUACAGUGAACAGGGUCACUAUCCUGACAGACAAGUUUGGCCAGCCUAAAGGUUUUGCUUAUGUGGAAUUUAUUGAAACUGAAGCUGUUCAAGAGGCUAUCUUGUUGAACGAAUCUGAAUUGCACGGCCGUCAAUUGAAGGUUAUGCCUAAGAGGACCAAUGUUCCUGGAAUGAAGCAAUAUCGACCUAGGCGCUUUAAUCCUUAUAUGGCAUAUGGCUUCAGGAGGCCAUAUACUCCUCCUCACUUUUACUCCCCCUAUGGAUAUGGGAAGGUACCUAGGUUUAGAAGGGCAUCUCGUUACAUGCCCUACUAUUAGAACUUCAUAUGGAAUGGUGUUAAAGAUUUGAUGAUUGGUGCAUCCUGGAGCAAUUAUUUUGGAUCCGGGGAGCAUUUAGUGACACUAAUCUUCUUCCGCAUUUUGUACUCUGAUUGAGAAUAUUUUCUGUCCAUUUGUCUUAGGCUGUUAUUGGUCAUGUAUUUUUAUUGCUUAGUUCUUGGAAGAUGGUUUACAAUUGCCAUUGAAUAUUAUGUUAGUGAUUGUCUCCUGCUGCAAGUUCAGUCUUUAUAGUUUAUACUGACCAAAGUUGUACGAUGCAGUAAAUUCAUCAGGCCUCUUUCUCUGUCCAGUGGCACCAAUACUUGAUCAAAUCUCUCUUGUUGAAAUUUAUAUCAUCGUAUCCGACUUGUAAUAUGAAUGAUGAUUUAAUGGAGUAUUUUGGGUU